CCAGCACCCUUCAACACCGUCAAGGUCAGUACAAUGUCCCAGCAAAUUGCAGGGUCUGCACCGGGGUGAUUGCGUGUUCUACGUACCCUCCCCCGUUUCAGAUUCGUGUUGCCAUUCGCAUCAUGUCUUGAGGAAGUUCGGUUUGGCUGAACGUGGUCUUAUCCUCUAGAUGGCUCCCACCGACAAGACCCAGACCCAGAAGAAGUCCGGACGCUCCGCGAUCUCUGAUGUUAUCACUCGUGACUACACCAUCCACCUCCACAAGUACGUUCACGGUGCUACCUUCAAGAAGAAGGCUCCCCGUGCCGUCAAGGUCAUCAAGGAGUUCGCCAAGAAGCACAUGGGUACCGAGGACGUCCGUGUCGACCCUCUCUUGAACAAGGAGAUCUGGAAGCAGGGUGUCAAGGGUGUUCCCCACCGUAUGCGCCUCAGGAUCUCCCGUAAGCGUAACGACGAGGAGGGUGCCAAGCACAACUUGUACUCUUACGUCCAGGCCGUCAACGUCCCCACCACCAAGGGUCUCCAGACCCAGGUCGUUGAGGAGGAGCAGUAA